AUGAUCGACGGUUCGCCUCUUGCGGUGGAGAUGGAGGAGGAAGAGUUUCCGGCUUCGGAGAUUGUAACGAGAGAUCCACCGAAGAUUCAACGAUUAGAGGAGUCGGUGGUUAACCGUAUUGCAGCGGGUGAAGUAAUCCAGCGUCCAGUUUCGGCGGUGAAGGAGCUCGUUGAGAACAGCCUUGACGCCGAUUCGAGUUCGAUAAGCGUCGUUGUUAAGGACGGUGGUUUGAAGCUCAUUCAAGUCUCCGAUGAUGGUCACGGUAUCAGACUUGAAGACUUGCCUAUAUUGUGCGAGAGACAUACGACAUCGAAGCUGACUAAGUACGAGGAUCUGUUCUCCCUUAGUUCCAUGGGUUUUAGAGGAGAGGCAUUGGCCAGUAUGACUUAUGUGGGUCAUGUUACAGUUACCACCAUUACCAAAGGCCAGAUUCAUGGUUACAGAGUGUCUUACAGAGAUGGUGUCAUGGAGAAUGAACCAAAGGCUUGUGCGGCUGUCAAAGGAACGCAGAUAAUGGUGGAGAAUUUGUUCUAUAAUAUGAUUGCUAGAAGGAAGACACUUCAAAAUUCUGCUGAUGAUUAUGGAAAAAUAGUAGACUUGCUGAGCCGGUUGGCCAUUCAUCACAAUAACGUGAGCUUUACUUGUCGAAAGCAUGGAGCUGUCAAGGCUGAUGUUCACUCUGUCGUGGCGUCUUCAAGGCUUGAUUCUAUCAGAUCUGUUUAUGGGGUAUCAGUUGCAAAGAACCUGAUACAAGUAGAAAUCUCCAGCUGCGACACCUCUGGUUGUGCUUUUGAUAUGCAGGGUUUCAUAUCCAAUUCGAACUAUGUUGCUAAGAAGACCAUAUUGGUGCUAUUCAUUAAUGAUCGACUGGUGGAAUGCUCUGCCUUAAAAAGAGCCAUUGAAAUCGUUUAUGCUGCUACAUUACCAAAAGCAUCGAAACCUUUUGUCUACAUGUCAAUCAAUUUGCCACGUGAACAUGUUGAUGUCAAUAUUCAUCCAACAAAGAAAGAGGUAAGCCUUUUGAACCAGGAAAUCAUGAUCGAGAUGAUACAGUCAGAGGUUGAAUUAAAACUGAGAAACGCAAAUGAUACUAGGACAUUUCAAGAGCAGAAAGUGGAAUACAUUCAAUCUACGUUAACAUCCUCGAGAAGUGAUCCGCCAGUUUCUCCAUUGCUUUCUGGACAAAAAACACAGAAAGUACCUGUGCAUAAAAUGGUGAGAACGGAUUCAUCAGAUCCAGCUNGAAGGUUACAUGCCUAUUUACAACCCAAGCCCCAAAAUCCUGCUGACAAAAUUCCUAGUUUGAGUGUAGUAAGGUCUUCUGUGAGGCAAAGAAGAAAUCCAAGGGAAACUGCUGAUCUUUCUAGUGUCCAGGAACUUAUUGCUGGAGUUGACAGCUGCUGCCAUCCAGGUCUGCUGGAGACUGUAAGGAGUUGCACAUAUGUUGGAAUGGCAGAUGAUGUUUUUGCUUUAGUUCAGUAUAAUACCCAUCUGUAUCUAGCAAAUGUGGUGAACCUCAGCAAAGAGCUCAUGUAUCAGCAAACUCUUCGUCGAUUUGCUCAUUUUAAUGCAAUACAGCUCAGUGAUCCAGCCCCUCUAUCCGAGUUGAUAUUGUUGGCUCUGCAAGAGGAGGAUCUAGAUCCAGGAAAUGAUACAAAAGAUCAUCUGAAAGAAAGAAUUGCUGAAAUGAAUACAGAACUCCUUAAGGAAAAAGCGGAACUGUUAGAGGAGUAUUUCAGCGUUUACAUCGACUCCAAUAGAAAUUUGUCACGGCUUCCUGUCAUACUCGACCAGUAUACACCUGACAUGGACCGUGUUCCCGAAUUUUUGCUAUGCUUGGGAAAUGAUAUUGAUUGGGAAGAUGAGAAAACUUGCUUUCAAGGAGUUUCUGCGGCUAUUGGGAACUUUUACGCCAUGCAUCCUCCUCUUUUGCCAAACCCAUCGGGUGACGGUAUUCGGUUCUAUACUAAUAAGAGAAGUGAGAGCUCUCAGGAAAAGCCAGAUUUAGGGGGUAACGUUGAGAUGGAAGCAGUUCUUGACCAAGACCUUCUCGCAGAUGCUGAAAACGCAUGGUCGCAACGUGAAUGGUCAAUCCAACACGUGCUGUUUCCGUCUAUGAGAUUGUUCUUAAAGCCACCUGCCUCCAUGGCUUCAAAUGGGACUUUUGUAAAGGUAGCAUCCCUUGAAAAGCUGUACAAGAUAUUCGAACGAUGCUAA